AUGGCCGAACCAGAAGAUCUGGAAGAGGAUCUCUUCGCUGACCUCUACGAUGCCGACGAAUCUACCAACCGUACUACCUCUGCAGUAGAGCCGGUCAAACCCGCUGAACCUGUCGCAAGUGACCCUUCCCCAGCACCUGCGCCAGCUGCAGCGCCAGCUCAGGAUCCAUCGCCAUCUGAGCCAUACCAACCUCAGGCUCCUUCCCAGCCCGACCAUAGCGCAGAGUACAACAACGGAUCCCAUGGGGCUAGCAUCAACCCCGCAGCUACUCCUGCCGAGAAUGAGUCUCACGGCACUGGAAUCAAGGAAGAUGGAAAAAUGUUCAUUGGCGGGUUGAAUUGGGAGACAACAGAUCAAUCCCUACGCGACUACUUCUCGCAAUUCGGCGAGGUCCAGGAAUGCACCGUCAUGCGCGAUAGCACUACUGGUCGCUCUCGUGGAUUUGGUUUCCUGACCUUCCGUGACCCGAAGACUGUGAAUACUGUCAUGGUGAAGGAACAUUACUUGGAUAGCAAAAUCAUUGAUCCCAAGCGCGCAAUCCCGCGUGAUGAACAAGAGAAAACAAGCAAGAUUUUCGUCGGUGGUGUGAGCCAAGAGGCUACCGAGCAGGAUUUCAAGCAGUUCUUCAUGCAAUUUGGUCGCGUGGUCGAUGCCACCCUUAUGAUUGACAAGGACACUGGGCGCCCUCGUGGAUUUGGCUUCGUGACUUUUGACAGCGAAGCUGCCGUUGAAAAUGCCCUUUCUAUGCCCCUAGAGAUUCUCGGCAAGCCCAUUGAGGUGAAGAAAGCUCAACCCCGUGGUAACUUGCGUGAUGAAGACCGAGGAGGUCGUCGUGGCAGAGACAAUUUUCGGGAUAUGAACCAAGGAGACAGCUCCCAGCAGCAAGGUGCCCAGCAGGGAAUGACUGGCGGUAUGACCCCCCCAGAUGAUGGCGCAAUACUGGCAGCGAAUGCAGCAGUACUUCGCGAUGAUGCAGCAGCAAAUGGCCAUGGCUGUCCCAACACGGCUGCUAUGCAGCCAAUCAACCCUGCCAUGAUGCAACAAAUGCAGAAUCCAGGCCAGGCGGGCAGCGGUAAUGGUGGUGCUAGCCCUAAUCCCAGUAUGAGCGGCAACUACAACAACCGUCAGGUCGGACCUGGUUAUAAUGCACAGGAGCAGAUCGCCUUUGAGCAGCAAAAGUAUGAACAGCAGCAAGCCCGUCGCCAUCUGGAGACCCGCGCUUUCUCUCCCCUAUCAACAGGCAUUCCCACAGGACCGCAAGGAAACGCAUCUACCCCUCAACCUCAGGGCACUCCUCCAGCAAAUGCCCCUACCGGUCCCCGGAACGCUGGCAAGCCCGGUGCGAACUACCGCGGCGGUGGCAGAGGAGGGCACCGUGGAUUCCACCCCUAUUCUCGCUAG